UCCCCCCGCUGCUCUGGAUGGACUGAACAUUCCUCAUCUUCCUGGGCUCGAUAGCAGAGGAACGCGGCGACGAAACGAAACGAGCCGAAGAUACGACGGAUUCAAACACCCCAUGACACUCUCCAAGGGCACGUCGAUGUUGGGUCGUGGUGUAAAGCGGAAGUGGAGCUGCCUGGAGGAGCUGGAGGCCAACACCCUCCCUGAUGCUGCUGCUGCAGAGAAGGAGAAGAAUGGGGAGGAAGGCGGGGGAGAUGAGGGCGGGUUCCUCAUGGGUCCGUCGAAAGCCGACAUGAGCCACCUUCAGCAGCGUCAGCUGGUGCUCGGCCUCUGCAUGAAGAAGCUCCAGGGCUACCAGGCCGGGAUGGAGCUCAGUCUGCGUAGAUCUGUGCUGCUCAUCAACACGCUCAGGCAGAUCCAGGAGGACAUGCAGAGCGACGGGGUGGAAACAUGCACGUCGGACACACUCCUCAACGGCGUCCACCCUGACUCCUGCCUUCUCAGGGACGAUUUCAGGGAGGACAUGCCGGUUACGUGCCCUGGGUGUGCAGAGGGUGACGGGGACAACCUUUCUCCGCCACUUUCUCCAGAAUUCCCCUCACAGGAGGCAAACAGCUCGCCAGACCAGCAGAAAUCACUACCUGCUGCGACGAUCAAUACUUUUAGUGAUGCAGUAAAUGCCAUGGGCUACCUCAGCGACCUCGCCCUGGACGAGGUCUUUGAGGACAUUGACACAUCAAUGUACGAGACUUCAGAACUGCCUUCUGCCUGGGCGGCGGGCUCCUUGUGGCCCGUUAGUGUGUCGCUUUGGGCGGACGAGGAUGUAAAAAUGCGCCCUCCCAGCCACGCCUCAGCUGGGAGUCUCCAGUCGUGUCUGAUGGACCUGAAUGAGUUGGACCACAUUAUGGAGAUUCUGGUAAAGUCCUGAUUGCCAAUACAUACUCCUGAACUUUUCCUGCACUUGGCUGAUCAAGGAUUCAGAGCUCAGAAAUGACAAUAGAAGCCAGGAACAAGACUCAAACGUGACAUUAGAUUUUUAAGGUUCCAUCUGUUAUUUUGGUUUAGGCUUCGGCUAGUUUUAGUUAAUUUUAGUGCACAUAACUAAAUCACCAUCCAGCAUCUUGAGUUAUGUGCAUGAACUUGUGCCUCAAAAUAAAACGCAAAAAUAUUUAUUUAUUGCUAUAGAUAAAGAAUCCAGUUUAAAAUGUCUCAUUAGAUUAGGAAAAUUAAAUGAAAUAUCCACUCUUCAACACUUUUAUAAUGUUUGAUUUUUGUUGGAAUAGCUGGCCAAAUUCAUGUAAAGGUGAUGUGAAGGCACAAAGAUAACAGAUAUCCAGGGUUGGUGCAAAGUCUUGGAAGUUUGGAAAAGGCUUUAUUUUAACUAAUGUUUUCAAGGUUAGGAGUAUGCUCGAAUUUGAAUGUACAACCUUAUAAAUUCUUGAUUUUCAACAUGAUCUGGUGUUUCACCGACACAAUCACUUUUGUAAAACCAAAAAUCUUUUAAUAGUAUUACUUGAAAGUAGAACAUUUUAGCUAUCAAAUAUUUUUGACAUUCAACAAGGAGAAUUUCAUUUUUGAGCUGACAGAGAAUCCAAUUCAUGCAGCUACAGUAGCCGGAAGCAGAUAGGACAGCUCUGCAACUUCAGGACAGGUUGUAUUUUGAGUAGUGGGUCAAUAAUCUGUAGUAAAAG